AGAGAGAGAGAGAGAGAGCGGCAGCGGCGGCGGUGUUCGCUAGCGCUACGCUCCCGCCACGGUGACGUCACUCAGAGUAGUGUAGUGCAGUGAGAAGGAGCGAAGCCCAGGCUCCUCCGUCCGUGCAUGCUGCUACCCCGACCGACCGACCGACCUUCCGCAAGUGUGUGAACGACGAGCCCGACCUGGCUCCCAAAAAGCUGUGCAGCGGCGGCCCGACGACUACGUGUUCCUGCGACCUCAUCACCGGCUGCCGGCUGCCUCGCAACGCGUGCGCCUCUGCGCCACAAGGAUCCGCGCAUAGUAUAGAGUGUGUCGUGCAGUGCGGGAGUUACAGAUCCCCGUGUGUAUAUCCAUCGCCAGCAGCGCAGGCGAGAGGAGAGCGGGAGAGCGCGAACGGAGCCGCCUUUCUCGACUGUUCCCCGCCGCCGCCGCCGCCGCCGCCGCCGCCGCAGCGCGCGCACCCAGGCCUACGCAGCAGCGCGAGCUGUGCUGCCGUCGCCGUCGCCGCCGCCGUCGUCGUCCUCGUCGUCGUGCGUGACAUGUCGUGAGGUGCCGCGAAGCAUAGGUAUAUAUCUAUACACGCAGCGGAAAGAGAGAGAACGAGCGAGCGGGCGAGAAAGAGAGUGAACGAGAGUCGGCGUCGGAUUGUGCAGGUGAAUACUGAAUUCGGAAAAAAGCAAGCGCCUGCGGAGAAUCAGCAGCGAGUGUGCGGUAUGCGAUGCGGGCUGUGAGCCGGGCCUCGCGGCGCGCCGCCGCACUGCCACUGCCGCAGAGCAUCGUUGCCGCGUAGUGCGGUCCGCCACUCGUCCAGGAUGAGGCCGAGCGCCCGGGGCGAGGUCAGAUAGUACGGACGCGCUCGCGUGUGUGCAGUCUACGGCCGCUAUCGUGCUUGCUCCACGAGAUGACGACGCGCCCCUACCCGGCUUGUACGAGGAAACGGCGGUCGCUCUGUUCCGAGAACCCGCCGUCCUCGUCGUCGUCCUCGUCGUUUGCAACGUGCGCGAGUGCCGCCGCUCCCUGAGGAGAGUCGAAAGUCGCGGUGCGCUUCUUCGAGAGUGUCGUACGGAGAACUCUCGACUAGUUGCUGAGUUUCAUCGAAAGUAUAUAUAUAUAUAUAUACAUACAUACAUAUAUAUAUAUAUGGUAUAAAUAAAAGUGAAGAGAAGUGAUCAGCGGGUGUUUGCAGAGAAGAUAGCAUUAACGUGCAGUGCUUUAUUACGUACCUGUGUGCUCUCUCGCGACACGUUCUUGUGCGCGCGUUCCGUUUCUCUCUCUCUCUCUCUCUCUCUCUCUCUGUAGUUCUCGAGUCCGAGUAUCGCCGAUAGGUUCUAUAGUGUGCGCGAGUGUGCGUUCUGUCCGUCUGCGGAGAAUCGAAAAGCAAGGCGGAAGAGAGAGAGGCAGCAUUAUUAUCAUUUUUUUUCAAUUUUUUCUCAAGUGCAAGUGCGAAGAUUGCCGCAGAGUCACCGCCGCCUCCGUCGCCUGCACCGAACACCGGGAUUCGUGAGUUGUGUGUCGUUGUACAGUGCCGCCAAACGAUAACACAACAUCCGAUCCCAAAUGAAGAGUUCGGAGCAAAAUGGUUAGAGAGACACGUCACCUGUGGGUUGGAAAUCUGCCGGAAAACAUCCGAGAGGAUCGAAUACGAGAGCAUUUUAAACGGUAUGGACGCGUGCAGAGCGUCAAGCUGCUGCCACGGGGCGAGGAGUGCCCCGUGGACGGUGGCGGUUCGGCCGGCUCGCUAUGCGAGGGCAGCGAGGCCGGCUCGGGUUCGGGCAGUGGCUCCGGAGGCUCGAGCAGCCAAGGCGCUUCCGCCACGGUGGCCUUCAUGGACAUCAAGUCCGCGGCCAAGGCACACGCUACCGAGCACACCCUCGACGAGAGGGCGCUCACCACCCAGUACUACGAACCCCAGCAUCUUCAGCACAGGUUUCCCACUCACGGGAGAGACCGGGAGCGCGAGAGGGAGCGCGAGAGAGAGCGGGAGCGCGAAAGGGAGCGAGAGCGCGAAAGGGAGCGAGAGCGCGAGAGGGAGCGGGAGCGCGAGCGGGAGAGGAGCUUCGAGUCGUCUGUGACGGUGGGCAACUCGAGCGGUCGCUUCGGCCGCUAUGAGACGCCGCCGCGGGCCAGGACCUCGAGCUACAGCCGUACCCCGGGCGGCGGCAGCACGCCGGGCGCGAGUCCGGGCCACCCGAGCGCCAUGUCCCGGAGCUCGAGGCGCUCCUACCAGACGGACCCCUACUACGAGCCGGACUACCCGGAGCCCCAGCUCAGCCGGCGCUUCCGCAGCUACGACGAGUUCAGCCAGGGCAGCGGGCCCAGCCACGACGACUACGAGGCCGCCGGCCUCGGGCCCGAACCCAAGCUCCUGGUGCCCGAUGACGAGCUGCAGUUGCCCUCGCGCAGCAGCAGGCACGUGGCCAUCGACGGAACGCCGCUUCCUGGCCCGCUGCUACCGCCGCCCGAUAUCAGGCACCUGCAGAAGGAGCGCGUCCACCUGCUCGAGCAGCUCGAGGAGUGCCACAGCAGCGGCGACGAGCUCGGCUGCUUCGCGCCCAAGAAGAGGCCCAAGCUCAUUGACUCCGGGCCCAUCCUGCUGGCCGGCGAGGACGACGAGCCCGAGAUCGCCUCGCUCCUCGUCACCUCGCACUCCGGCCGCAAGGGCAUGGAGGUGCGCCGGGUCAGCGACAGCAAGCUCAUGCUCCACCACGGCUCCAGGCGCAGCAGCUGCGAGGGACGCGGCUCUAUACCCUGCAAGCGUCGCCGGGACACCACCAGCAGGCACCACGAGCACCACGAAGGAUCGAGACCGGGCACGCCGCUCGUCGACGAGCGACCCGAGAACCUUAUGCCGAGCGAGCCACGGAGGUUUCGCGAGAGAAGCCAGGAAAUGCCCAUCUCCCUUCCGCUGCCCAGGUUCGCCACUCAGAUGCUGAACAACAACAACAACAGCAGUAGCAGCAACAACAACAGCCAGAGCGCCGGUGUCGCUGGUGGCGCCAGCAACAGCCAGAGCAGCGCCAACAGCGGCACCCUCGGCAGCUCUCGCGGCGGCAGUGGCAGCAACGCCGUCGCCAGCCUCGGCAAGAUCGGCUCGCCACCCUGCGUCAACGAGAGGCUGCAGACAGCGGCGCCCAGUCCGCGACGCGCCGUCCAGCCGCCAGCAUCGCCGCCGCCUCGACACCAGACCCCGAGCCCGACGAGCUCGGACAGCGAGACUGCGCCGCAGUCGCCCAGCGACGGCGACCUUAACGAGCGCAUCCGCUCGCUCGAUGAGAUUUACGAGAAGUGGACGAGCUGCCGGGCCCGCAGUGGCGAUGGUCGCCCGAAACUCGAAACCUCCGUCUCCGAGCGAUUCCGCCUCCAGCACAAGCUACUCGUGACCGACGUGCGCGAGGUCCAGCCCUCGGAAAUCCUCAAGAGCGUGAUGGCGAAGCGCAGCGUCUUCGACGAGGACUCCAAGCGCCUCGAGAACUUCAACGAGAAGUACGAGCCCAAGGAGUUCACCGGCGUCAUCGGCGUCAGUGGCCUCAUCGCCAGCAGCAGUAGCAGCCAACAGCAGAUCCCCAACGCAGCCUCGGCCGCCGUCGCCCAGACUGCCAGCAAGGUCUGCCUGCAGUAUCCCUUUCCUAGUCAUCCGCCGGUCUCGGCCCUCGCCGGCAAGCCGCCUCUGCAGCCCCUGCCCGCGACAUCCGUCGGCAGCAGCAGCAGCAGCAGCAGUAGUAUUGGCGUAGUGCACCCAAGCCCGGCUACCCCCGUCACUCCGGGCGCCAGCAUCAAGACGGUCAGCCCGGAGCUGCCACCGGUCUCACUGCCGCUCAGCCUGCCCACGGCCGCCCAUUCUCUUAGCGCCUCCACGAGCCGCAGCAUAUCCCACGCGCAUCCUGCCGCCACCGUCGCCAUCGCCGCAGCAGCAGCCUCCUCCUCUAGUAGUAGUACUUGCAGCAUCAGCGCCAGCAGCAGCAACCUGACGACAGCGCUGCCUACGCCUACGGCAGCCACGCCGAUCAGCAUCGGCUCGACGGCCAGCAGCACUGUACCGAGCACGGUAACGAGCCAGCAGCAAGCGUCUACAGCCACGUCUACCUCAUGUUCCUCCACGUCGACAGCAGCAACGGCAACAGUGUCUUCCUCGGAAGCCCCACGAGCCAGGUUCAAGAAGGACUCGAGCAGCGGAAGCAGGGAGAGUCGGGACUCGAGGGACAGCCGAGACUCGAGGCACGGCAAAACGAAAGACUUACCGUCCUCGACGUCGUCCUCCUUCUCGUCGUCGCGGAGACCGCGCAAGGAAGAGGACUCCGACAAGACCAGCAGUCGCAGAGACCGAGAAGAGCGAGACGAGCGUACCUCGGCGACGAGCGACGCCGCUGAACUCGAGAGCCACCCGAGCAGGGAGAGCAGCAAGGACGUCAGCAGCAGUAGUCGACACGAAAAGAAGGACCGAGAGGACAAGGAGAGGAGAGAGCGCGAAGACCGGGAGCGGCAGGAGCGCAAGGAGCGCGAAGAGCGCGAGAGGCGCGAGAAGGACGAAGAGAGGCGGGAGCGCGAGAGGCUAGAGAAGGAGCGCCAGGAAAAGGAGCGCAAGGACCGCGAGGAGCGAGAGCGCAAGGAGCGCGAAGAGCUCGAGCUGCGCGAGAAGGAAAAGCGCGAAAAGGAGCGCCUCGAGAAGGAGCGCCAGGAGCGCGAUAGGCGAGAGCGUGAGGAGCGCGAGAGGAAGGAACGCGAGCGCGCUGCCGAAAAGGAGAGACAGGAGAAGGAGAGACUGCGUAAAGAGCGCGAGGAGCAAGAGAAGCGCGAGAAGGAAGAGAAGCGCGAAAAAGAGGAGCGCGAGAGGCUGGAGAGAGAAAAGCGCCGGGAAGAGAAGGAACGCAUCGAGCGCGAAAGGAAGCGGGAGAGGGACGAGCGCGAAAGGCUGGAGCGAGAGCGAAGAAAGGAAAAGGAAGAACGCGAUCGGCAGGAAAAGGAGAGGCGAGACAAGGAAGAGAAGGAGCGCAUCGAGAAGGAAAAGCACGAGCGCGACAAGAGGCGAGAACGCGAAGAACUCGAGAGGCGAGAGAAAGAAAAGGCCGAUCGAGAAAAGCGAAAAGAACGCGAGGAGCGUGAUAAGGAAAGGGAUAAGGAGAAGGAAAAGGACAAGGAACGAGACAAGGAUAAGGAUAAGGAUAAGGAUAAGGAUAAGGAUAAGGAUAAGGAUAAGGAUAAGGAUAAGGAGAAAGACAAGGAUAAAGAGAAAGAAAAAGAGAGGAGAGAGCGGGAAGACAGCAGACGAGCUCCAGCGGAAAAUCAUCUGCAACCGACAAACGCCCAGCCCGCGGCGAUACCUGCCUCCAUCUCUAACAAGCGGCGCUGCUCCUCGCAGGAUGCCUCACUAGACGAGGAGGUCAAGGAGGCGAAGCGUAUCAAGAUUUCCUCCGAGCACCGUAGGGACAGCAAGGAUAAAUCAUCCAAGCAGAAUCGGCGCUCCGAAGAUCGCAAGCACCGCAGCGAAAUUCAUAGAUCGAGUCGCGACAGCAGGGACAGUCGCGAGAGCAAGGACUCGGUCUCCACCCAAGACAGUAGAGACAGCAGAGAUAGCCGAGAUAGCAGGGACAGCAGAGACAGCAGAGACAGCAGGGACUCGCAGUCUCACGCAGAUUUGCCCCGUGAAUCGAGCCGCGAGGGCAAAGAAAACAAUAGAGAUCCCAGCAGCAAGGACAAACAGAGAAGUAAAAAGAGCCGCUGUGAGAGGUCGGCGGACAAAGAGCCUCGCGAGCGAAGUCCUCGAGUGUCCAUCCACGAGCCCGACAAGGACUUUCUGUCGAGACUCGAGCUGGCCAAGAGGAACGACUCUAGUCCUCCGAACGAGCAACCUUCCUCCAUCGCCUCGCAUCAUCCGAGAGAGAUGCAACAACAAGUGGAGAUGCCGCUGCAGCGCCACCACCACCAUCAUCACCAGCAGCAGCAGCAGCAGCAGCAGCAGCAGCAGCAGCAGCAGCAGCAGCAGCAGCAACAACAACACCAGCAGCAGCAUCACCAUCCACAUCACGUCAGUCUGAAUCUACACGGUGAUUUGGACGAGGGAGCUCUCUCGACGCAUGAAAUGCAGGGAAUGCGAAACCCUUCGGCUACCGACACCGACAGCGACGAGCCAAAGAAGCACUCGAUCUUCGACAUCGUCGACGACGAGCCUGCUUACAUCAGUAUGUACGACAAGGUAAAGGCGAGGUCAACCAAGAAUAUGCAAAAACUGGAAGAGGAGAAGCGUCAGGUAAGCCAGGUAAAGCUGCACGACAAGUUCUCGCAAUUCAAAAUGAGUCGCCAAAAGCUCUCGGAAAAGAAGCAGAGCACUUCGUGGGACGGAGAUUCGGUCAGUAGCAAAGCUUUAACCGAAGACGAGGCCACCUCGGAAUCAGACUCCACAAGACCUAAGUCGUUGUCUCGCAAGGGUUCGAGAUCUAGAAUACACUCCGACACCAGCGAAGAAGACGAGUCUUUCAAUAAGAAAAUCGACAAAAUCAAGACCGAACGCUUCCAUGAGAGUGAUGUGGAUCUCGGCUUCGCGGAUACAGAAGAAAAACACCACCCACGCGAAAUCUCUACAAUUAACGCAAACGUCAUGAUCAACAACGUGCGCAUCAAGGACGAACCGAGAACCUCCGACGACGACGAGAGAAUCUCAAUGUCCUGCCACGCGAGUCAUCCCGUCGUCGCGAACAAUCACGAGAGGGACUCUCGUAAGAAAUCGCACAAGAAGAAACAGAAGCGCCAGAAAAACUCGAUAUCCAGCGAAGACGGCAUCAAACUCGAACCCUGUGAUAAGCUCGAUUACAAGAGCAGUAAAACGAACCUAUGUUCUGCGAGCAACUCUAAUCAUGUUGACGAAGACUCGCCGAACUCGGCGACGAAUGCUAACGCAUUGCUGGCCACGUCGACGCUUAGUGAGAACGAAGAGAGAAUGCGACAAGAGAAGAAGGCAAGGAACAAGAAGGACAAGCGCCGCGACCGAAAUGCCGAAAACAAGGUCAAAGCGAGAAGAAAGAGACUCAAUAGGCAGGAGGCUCGAGACAACCAGCGUAUGGAGGAUAUCUUCGGGCCACUGUCGGACGACGUCGACGAACCUGCCGGAAAUAGCUUGUUCAGGCUCAGAGGCUCGCCUCAAGAGAAUCAUGCAGCGGGCUACCACUCGGACAGCGAAAGUAUGCGCAGCCCCGAACAUGAGCGCGUACGGAUCAAGUCUGAGAAGAAGCGCAGACACCAACCAAUCCAGGAUGAGAACAGCGUUGACCUGGCUGAAGCUGGCCGUGAAAUCGAGGCCAAGCUUCUGGGCUUGCCGAGCUCGCCAAAAUCUGCAGCGACCUGCGCGGAAUCUACCGAGCACGAUGUCUUCCGAUUUACCGACGAUAACGAUAGCAUCGAACCGUCGACGCCCAGCACGACAGUUCCCACCGACAAGCUUAAAGAAAAGAAAAAGAAGCGCAAGAAGUCCAAGGAAGAACGCACGCGCAAAGACUGUCACCACCAUCACCAUCACCAUCACCACCAUCACGACAAACCCGCUGCGAGUCUGCCUUAUCUUGGCUCAGACAACACACCUCCCAGAGCCAGCAGUCCACUCAUCGCGGCCAAGCCCAUGUCGCCGACGUUGCCUUCUCCGAGGGCGAGCAUGCCUAGUCCGAUACCUAUGACGACGUCAGGUCCCGAGACUGAAUCUCUUGCCGACGUCGACUCUAGCAAAUCCGAGAAGAAGAAGGACACACUCAUUCCUGGUUUUGGCAUCGAAGUCGACGAGAGCAUACAUGAAAACGCCGUAAAAAGCAUAUCGGAGCCAGACGAGCGAGACACAAGCCUGCAGUCCUUGAACAGCAGAGACGAGCAGGAGGUACCCGAACCCGUAACGCCACCACAAGCACCCGAGGAUAAGCCUCGAGUCGUAAUCUCGCAAGAGGAAACCGAAGACGCAGUUGCCGCUCUUCUGGAAGAGACAUUCGGCGAGGCCGAGGACUACUCGUACGAGGGCGAGGAGGAAGAGGAUGCCGAAGCCGACAACAACAGCAGCGAUCCUCAUCCGCAAACACCACCGGCGGAAGACGUCGAGGAAACACAACAGGCGGUUGAUAGCCUCAACGCUUCCAGCGUCGAAGCCGAGACUGACCUCAAACCUGACACGCCGCAGAGCGAGCAUGACCUCCAGAUUGACACCGACACGGAGGAGGAUCCCAACUUCGAGAGUUUCGAUGUCGCUCAGCCGCCGAGGACGCCGGACGCGCCAUCGUUUUACAAAUCGCCACUCAAAACUCCAACCUGCUCAAUGGCAGCAGCAGGAGCUGGCCACGAAAAGCUUAUAGAAACGUCUAUGCCCUCACUCACGAAAGCAGAGACGCAGAACCCAGCAAGCUCGGUUAUUGCGCACUCGUGGAAGUUAAACGAGCAAAAACAGAUGAGAGAACUGGCAAAGACACCUCAGGCAGACGCAGCGGAGCCAAGUGCAUGUGCCACGGAACCCAAAACAUCUCCAGCACAAGCCACAAGACGAUCAGCCUCACCAACGGCUCCACUCACGUCUCAGUACAAGCAAAGUGUUCCAAGUCCUUGCGGUGCCAUGCCUGUCAUCAGCGAAUCCAACAAAGUUGCGUCGGUCAGUCCGAAGUCCAGCCCAGCCACUUCACAGCCACUCUAUCAGAGGUUACCGGUAUCACCUCACAGCCAAAUGCUGCCCAUGAGGCAGAUAUCGCCAAGGAUGCAGAGUGUCACCACUUCUCCGAGCUCCGUGGCCGUACCUCCUCUCGUUCCAUCGAGGACCGCGACGCCCAUGGCUACUGGACAAGCAACAAUACGACUUCCUCAACCAGUUUCGCCGAAUGGUCAGUGGAACCGCAACUCUUCGGCAAAUCCUUUGUCACCAUGCUCGGCCAAGGGUACCGCACCAACGGUCAGGAUACCCGUGAGCGUUCCCAUUUCUGCUCAUCGUCCAGAAUCUUCGCUUCAGCACAUCUACUCAACGGCAGCGAGCCAACAGCCGGUCAUACAACACGCUCCAGGCAUGAGGGCUGUGGUGCCCAACUACCCAAGAGGGGGUCUACCUCCUCUUACCCUCAAUAUACCGUCAAGGCCGUAUCUGCCUAGUGUGCCACCAACACCUGGCUCUCAACCGAAAACCUCGAGAGAGACGAACCUAGCUGGCAAGUCGGUCAUCGAGACAUUGAUGCAGCACGCGACCGAGCCUUCGCCCAGGAUGGAUGAACCGAAGCUCUCACCAGGUGCCAUUCCAGCUGAGGUCAGCAACAAGGCUUCCACCUCGCCGAAGGUGCCCUCACCGAACCAGCCACCCACGUACAUUCCAGAAACAGCCAAGAUUGAGAUCAGGGCGAGCACGUCUAGCCCGGUCUUCGGUAAGACCGACCUUUGUGCCUUGUCGCCUAGUCAGAAGCAAGAGCUCACCAGCAUGCAGCUCAUGGCAGGACACAUGCCACGAGCCUCCACGCCGAGUCCUGUCAUCGUGGCUCAUGCUCAACCUCAUCUGGUGCAUGCGUCGGUUGUACAUCCGCUGGUCCACCCAACUGUCUCUUCGCCGAGUCCGCUCGUCAAGACGGUUGUUCCCAUCAUGUCAAAUUCGCAGCAAAUGUCGCCUACCCCAUCGCUGCAAGACAAGUGUCUCGUACGAAAUGUAGCGCCAGUUGUCUCAUCACAGAGCAUUCUUCUAGCGAAAUCGCACGUCUCUGUUGUGUCGACAAUGGCUCCCACUAUCAUUUCGAGAGUUGCUACGUCGACAGCACCUUUACUAAUAGGAAAAGCAUCAGUUUUGGAUGCUGAGACACGCUACAUUCCAGAGCAGAACCCAGUCAAACAUGAACCUCACGACGAAGGACAAAUGCAGCCUAUGCGGCUAACGACUGCCGACAAACAGUUCAAGCCCGAAGACACAGAGCACGAGCCAACACCAGAAAUCAAACCGACGCUCCUCAAGAGCGAGGACCUUAUUGAACCGUCCAAGUUGGAUCUGGAGUCGAAAGUGAAGGAGGAGAAGCCAGAGUUGUGUCCGGCAGAGCACGAUAUACCUGUAAAGAUAGAGAGCGAGAAACCGAGCGAAGUUAUUGCUGCAAAAACAGAACGAGAGCCUUCACCUCCCAAACACGAACCAAAUAUACCUAUCAAGCCUGAGAAGGAACUUAAAGAGGAGGAGCAGAUCGAGCCCGAAGCUGACGAAGAACCGACCGAGGACCCGCUCAAGGAAACCUGUGCUGAUCCGCUUGCUCUCGACGCCGUCAAGGAAGAUGCUACUGAUAGUAAGGAGGACAGUGACUACUGGUCUGCCAAGGAGGUUAACAUCGAAAGCGUUAUCAAGAAGGUCGACGCACUCUGUGAUGGUGAAUCCAACGAUGUAGACGACGAUGAGCACAUUCACGAGGGCAACACCGAGUCGCGCGAAACCAGCAAGAGCGACGGAGACUCAUGGUUCGACGCCGAAUCCAUCGAAGACGAUCAGAAGAAGAGCUUUAACGUAGAUGACCAGGACGAGGGUGUCGAGACUGGUGAGAACGAGUCAGGCAGGGUUCGUCGUGGAAGGGCUAAAGCUAAAAGAGCGACUAGCAACCGCGGUGGGGUUACCACCAGACGUGGCGGACGAAACAAUGCUACUGCUGCACCUACACCUAUGCCCACAGCUGGCGCUCCACCUGCAGUACCACAGAAGCGUGGAGGUCGCUCUGGCAGAGGCGGAAAGCAGCACUCAGAGAAGAACAAGUUGCCUGCUGACGUUUACGAGUUCCACGACGACAGCGAGGAGGACAGCGCGGGUCGUCCAAGGCUUAUCCUUACUAUCAAGUCACCCGGACCAAACGUUGCUGGUCCAAAUGCAGUGCCGCCAACUCCAGUGGCAGCUGUCAAAGAGGUACCGCCGGAGGAGUUCGUCUCUCCGGCAGUUAACACACGCAAGUCUCGUAGGCUGGCUGAAAAGGACGGCAGCAGAUCUACCAUCGACGAUAUUAUAGAAGACGUCGUGCGAGGUACAACCAACAAAAAUGCACCAGGAGCACCCGUCACCCGAAGGAGUACGAGACAGAACAGUGCUCCGCGCAACGUACCAGCUCAGCAGAUUGUCUUACCAGCAGCAGAGACCAGAAAGUCACCAAGAAGCACCAGGAAAACCGCGAGACGAACCUCUGAGAGUGCCGAUGAAACAAGCGACGAAAAGAUCAAGGACACACCACAGACUGCUACAACUGAUGUAGCCGAGGACAAGGAGGAAGCAGAGACACCUCCUACUGCACCAGAGAAGACCGAACAAGUUGUCAAACCUGUUUCUACGCUGGUCGCUGGGCAGAAGUCUGCCUCUCACGAGCCCAUGACUUUAAUUGACCCUGUUACCGGAAUGCUCAUACCCAUGAGGGAAUCGGAGGAGGGACAGUACAUUCCAGUCUCGACAGCUUCUGGACAAAUCAUCCAAAGGGCGAACUUCGUGGCCAACGCGGAGGCUUUACGUCAAAAGCAUGCAGCAGAACACGCGCCGGCGGAACAACCCAAGUCGGAGCCGAAGAUCGAACCUGUUCCGUGCAAACCAGCGCAGACUUUCGUCACUUCAACGACGACGCAGCAGCCUCAGGCUAGUGUCAUCACAAAACCGCAGUCUCCUGUUGUCCAGAGCACUCCCUCAGUAGCAGUAUCAGUCGCAGUCACACUACCGUCCACAACAGCAACAGUUUCUGUCAGUGUGGCUGCUUCCCAAGCACCUACUACCACAACUCCGAAGACCCUCAAGGCACAUGUUCUCAAUGCCAGCAAGCUGGCCGCUACCCAAGUGCAGCAUCCAAUCGUUGUAACAAACGCAACUGUUCCAACCAUACCAAGUCAAGCUGUUGUGCAGAACAUCGCCAAGCAGCCAACGCAAGCAGUUCAGGGCCUGCAUGUACACAUGCCGACCGGCCGAGUUGUCUCGCCGAGUUUGAGUCCUCACCCGAAGCCUGUACCACCACAGCCUGCAGUCAUCAACGCAGUGAACGGAAAGCCGGGCCAGCCUAUGUCUCCGGUACUGAACAACACUGGAGGUGCGCCAAAUCCCAAGCAACAUCUUCUCCAGGCAGCGAAACAACAGCAGCAGCAACAACAGGCGUCGGCUAUCGUCAACUUGCAACAGAAGGUACCUGUAAACGUGCACCCUGGCCCACUGACACCAACUCCUGUUCAGAGAAUUCAUGCAGCGCCGCAACAGCCACCUCUAAAGGGCAUGAAUGGUCAGCCACAUCCAAUGAACCCGAAGGCUCACCUACUGCAGGCAGUUGCACAGGUCGUUCCACCAUCCAUCGUGGCGGGUACGGUUGCAAGCCCACCAACUCAAGCGCUCUUGGUUCCUCCGCCGCCCGUAACUCCUGGCGUACCUUGUGCGAGAACAACUCCAAAACCAUCGGUACCUACAAAUCUAGAAGCACCCAAGGUGGAAGUGUCGAUGUCUGGCUGCAUCAUGGUACCAGCGCCAAGCCCUCAAACCAGGGUUGUUCCUAUUUCUGCCUACGAAGCGUCAUUGCAUGGAAGUGCUGGUGCAGCUCCAUCACCAGGGGGGCAAUAUGGACUUGUUCCCCCGCAUCGCACUCAGAGCCCCCCACUGCCUCCACCUGCUCAUCAUCAUGCUAAUGCUCCUCAGUUACUACCGCAAGGAGACGCAUUGAAUCAUUACGGAGCUCUUCGACUCGGAGAAAUACCAGCUCACUACAUGCAUCCACAAGUACUGCAAUAUCAAUAUUUGCGAGCGCAGCAAGAGGCUUUGACAGCGUCAAGACUACCUUACCAUGUACCGGGAAGAAGAUCUCCCGCGAUAGGUCUGGACCCCAAGUUAGAAGUCGGUCUCGAAGAUACGCACAGCCCACCACUAGAAUUACGUCGAGACAGACGAACGCCACAAGAGCGUACGACUGACAGUCCGCAAGUGGCUCAGGUCUACAUGAUGCAUGGCCCAGGCAGACUUCCACCACCUCAGUACAACACCCCAGGUGCAGUUCAACGACCCUACUACGAGCCACCACCAGCGCAUAUAAGGUCGCAGUAUCCGAUGGCUGCAAGUGAGGCUCCAACCGAAAGGGCGCUAACACCCGAUCGAUCCAGGAAACAAUUGGCCACAACACCGCCACAUGCUUCCCAAGUACCACCCCAGGCUGAUUCAUUGACCAUGUUGCUGCAACGCUAUCCAGUCAUGUGGCAGGGUCUGCUAGCUCUAAAGAACGAUCAGGCCGCUGUGCAGAUGCACUUUGUAUAUGGCAACCCGAAUGUUGCCAGGGAAAGUUUGCCGUUUAACAGCGACGGCUCUACCUUGCCUCUCAGGAUUGCCCAGAGAAUGAGACUCGAACCAACGCAAGUGGAAGGUGUCGCCAGAAAAAUGCAGACUGACAAUGAGCACUGUAUGCUGCUGGCUCUACCUUGCGGUCAUGAUCAUAUGGAUGUUGUGCAACAAAGUAAAAAUCUACAAGCUGGCUUUAUUACGUAUCUACAACAGAAGCAAGCGGCUGGAAUUGUCAACAUUGCUGCACCUGGCUCUCAACAGCCUGCGUUUGUAGUUCACAUCUUUCCAUCAUGUGACUUUGCUAAUGAAAACUUGGCCCGCAUCGCUCCUGAUCUGCUGCACAGGGCCGCGGAUAUUGCUCACUUGGUCAUCGUCAUCGCAACUGUUUGAAAGCAGUUAGUGUUGUCAUGGAUUAGGACCGAUUCAUUAGCCAGCAAGACGCUUGCAGCGCACGCGGUAUGAAGCCCAAAGGUUGCAAGCGUUCCAAACACGCCAUUGUAAAAACUGAAUUCGACACGUCGACUUAAUUCGACCUAUUACUGCGAAUCUACAGGGACAACGAGGAUUGAACAUUCUCGCGAUUGGUAACGGAUCCCUGCGUAUAAUUCGUACGAGUGACAAUCAAAUAUUAAACAUAAAAAAAACACAGCACAACAGGCGCUCACACUGCGCCCAGCAGACUAACAUGUCGGAGGCUUAGGCAAUGCGACGGAGAUGCGAUAACAGUGAGGGAGUUAGCGAGAUGGAAGUAUUUCGCGUGCUCCUUCUCCUCGACUUUCUGCUCGAAACGCAAAGUCGAUCGCUGACAACGUUUGUGGGAGUGACCGACAUCACUCUUGGUCCCUCCGACAAGCGGGUCAGGCGCAGCUUCAUCCUCCGCAACAAACGAUUAUGUCCAAUAUUAUUAUACUUGUAUGGUACAAGUAGAUCAUAUGUAUAUUAUACGAGUAUAAUACAUUCAAACAAGUCCGAAUAUACGUCAACGUAUGUUUCUCUCACUAUGAGAGAGUAUCCCGAUAAGUACGAAAAAACCUGGAUAUACCAGUAAAACAUUUGUUCUGCGUUUUACCUGUCCCUGUACACGAGCUAUCUCAUAAGUCUUAGACGUUAAAGAAAACAAAAAAAGACACUUUAUAAAUUUAAGGGCCAGCCAAGGCAUAACUACUGUGAUUUUAAUUAUUUAACGAUAUCUAUCUGCAUAAAGGGAAAAAACAUAAGGAAGGUCGCUGUUGUUUUAUGCGGUCAGAGCGCGCGUUAUGUGAUGUGUUAUUGUAUAAUAUUGCUCUAUAUAAAUACCUAUGUAUUAUAUUACUGUAAAACAAUAGUUGCUGCUGCCGCUGACGUCGACGACGAUGCCGCCGCUCCGAGUUUAGAGUUAAAUUUAUCGAACGGUAAUAUUGCGAGUUUAAGAAAAAAAAAGUAAAUUGCGUUAAGCUUUUAGGGAAAAAAGAUAAAGAAUAAAAGAGUACUAAGAAUAAAUACCUAAAUAGCGUUUAUCCCUAGUGUAUGAUAAAUUCCCAAUUAGAAGGAUGUAACAUAUUAUGGUAAAAAGAAUGAAAAAGUACCAUUUAAGCACGUAACCUAUGUAAAUUAUUAUUAUAAAAAAAAAUUUAUAAUAAUUACUCUCAUUCUUUAUUUUUAUUAUUAAUUAUUAUUCCUUAUUAUUAUCAUUAUUAUUAUUAUUAUUAUUAUUAUUAUUAUUAUUAUUAUUAUUAUUUUAAACAUACUGAAUAUUAUUAUAUUAUCAUUAAAAUCAUUAAUCUUCUAAUUGCUAAAAUUAUUGAUUAAUUAAUUAUUACGCUACGCUACUUCUAUCUAUCUAUCUAUCUACUACUACUCUACUACUACUACUCCUACUAUUCUACUACCGUACUACUGCUAUUACUACCAAUAACUACUAUGAUGAACUAGUACCGCUGUUAUCGAUUUAAUUAUUAAUGAAAAAAAAGAUGAGAAAAUGGCGUUAUUACACAAGCUAGUUAGAACGUACUGAUCUGCACGUUGCAAACGAUGAAAGCGAAUCUUUUAAGGGGCGCUCAAACCAAUGUCAUACCUCUGCAGUAUGAUCGAUCUCAUUGACCAUUGACUUUUCGCGGCCCCCGGACAUAAUACAUUAGUAGACAAAAGAAUAAAAACACAUUCAUACUUCCAUCCUGUCGUAAGUUUUACAGAGCGAAAUGAGAAAUAAAAGAAAAUCGUGUACCUAUAGACUCAUCGU